CGAGGCGAGGCCCCCGCCCCGCCAUCUCGCGAGAGCGCGGCUGUGCCCUUGCGGCGCCAUGGCGGGCUACUGGGACGGCCCCGAGGGCGAGGAGUGCCCGCGCCGCACCUGGCUCACCACCCGCGUCGGCGCCGCCGCCGGCCUGGUCGGGUCGGCGUACCGCAUCAUCCUGCUCCGGCCCAGCUCUGCCCUCGCCGCCUUGCAGAUGGCAGCCGCCGACAGCGUCACGAUGGCUACGCUAGGAGCUGUGUUUGGCUUGACUACCUGCCUCAGUGCCCAAAUCCGAGAGAAGCCAGAGGAUCCAUUGAACUAUUUCAUAGGAGGCUGUGCAACAGGAGUUGUCUUAGGUGCAAGAGCUCGCAGUUACAUGACGGGUACCAUUGCGUGUUUGGGUUUUGGAGCUGCCGCUGCUUUAAUGAAGAUAGGUAAACAGGAGGGCUGGAGGCUGACAGGACCUCCCAGGCUGUAAAUGUUGCCAUUCCUCCCUGCAAGCUGUCCUUUGAGUGCUGUAUGUAAUAAGACAUUGUAUAAUAAAGAUACUGUCAAAUGAGUUGUCACUAAA